AACUGUCCUAAACUGCUCCUCCCACUGUGAGUUUAAAAUGCCUCUCCUUCAUCUAGACAAUGAAGGUGGUACAAAAUAACCGUUUGGCCAUCUGCAAUAAAAGAAAGUUUCUCUUUUUAAUGGCGCAGGUAUGGCCGAGCGGGGAGUGCACCUUGCUGUUCAUCUCCUGCAUGCGAGUGUGAGCUGUCUGGGUGAUGGCCAUUAUGGUCCCUGCUACUGCCUGUGCGUCCGCUCCGCCGGGAUCACUGAAGUGUUGGAACUAACAAGCCUGGGAUGCAGACAGCAGAUGCACAAAUGGGAUUUUGUCCUGAAAGCCUGCGAGUUUGCUCCCUGUCUCCAGUGGAAACCGGGCGAGAGCACGGGGCCGUUUUGCAGGGACUGCCUGUGUUGUGUGUGCCACCAGAGUGAGCUGAUUACAUCUGAUAAUCUCAGUAAUGAUCUACACUGGCAAGGCAGAGCACCUACAGCUGAAUGAGCUACACCGUUGUACACAGUUUUCAGUCUUGUCCUCUCAUUUCUCUUUGUCUCUUAUUCUCUUUCACUGUGGCUCAGAUUUAUGCAGAAUCUGAGCUGUCCUCCACAGGAAGAUAUGCAAUAUUCCUUGUCAUAGUCAUAGCACAUGCAGGAUGUGGGCCAUAGACACACACACACACACACACACACACACACACACACACACACACACACACACACACACACACUCGCAGACACAUCAAAACUCUUCCCCCUCCGGAUAUUCCCCCACGUUAGCUCAAACGCUCGCCCUGUAACAUUCACAUUCAUAUGCACGCAGAGACACACGUACAUUGUAAUCUGCACAGUGCUCUCUCGGCCCAAGGUUAGUGCAGAUUAAAAGAUGUGUCAUUGAUGGAAGUGGCUUUCCUCCCUCCGCGGCCUGUCACAGUGUGUUUGGGAACAGCCCACUUCAUUUUAGCAGCAUAAUGGGUAAACAGAGUGAGAUCAGUCCAAUUACCCCCUCAUUGCUGAGGCGUUCCGGCAGGAGUGGGCUGUGGAGAGAGAGUGAGCUGUCAUGGUGUGAGGCGGAGUUGCAACAGUAGCACCUGCUGCCCGGAGCCCUCACUUGUAUGAAUCUCAAUUUGUUUGUACAGCCGUGCCAAAAACCGGUGACCAAGAAGUGAGGUCUCUGAGGAGUGUGGCACUGCUGGCUAUGUUCUUCUGACUGCUGUUUUCACUGCUCUGUGAGGAUCAGAGGGUGCAAUGAACUCAUGUCAAUGUCAGCCCUUCCAGUGGAUAGUUUCCUUGCUUGCUUCUCGCUGUGCGGCUUUCCAGGGUGGUAAAUUAUCUUAUUCCCCCACUUCACUGUGUUUUACAGCUCAGCAGAGGCAUGAUUUUGCAGCGGAGAAAUCAUUCACGGAGCAGUAACAAGCUGUAGUCCUGGAUACGAGUUCUGAAAAAUGUGCGUGAUAUGGUUUCACCUGUUUUCACACACGCGCCGCGUUCACUAUAUCGAGUGAGGAGCAAGACACGGGGAGUGUGCAGCACAGUAAAAGACGCCGCUUCAUGUUCACAGUGUUUCCCUCCAAACUAAAAGUCAGCACUAUACCUGUCGUGCUCACCCAAGUGUGGAAGUUUGAGUAUCCAGGCACUGGAUUGGUUUAACCCUGAGGGAUGGGAGGAGUGUUUGCUCACUCCUUAUCUCAAAAAAAAAAAUAUAUCUAACGUCUUUCCAUGGCAUCUACAUUUUUUUUACAUUCUUUUUCCUGUUCUUGUGAACCACACGUGCCAUGUCCUUGAAGAAGAUGGGAUACAGUCUCUUUAGGGCUUUCCUUUUUAGAUAUGAACAAAUAACGCAUCUUACAAGGUUGGAAUACAAUUUAUGCAACAACUGACAGAGAGCUCUGUCAGCAGGAAAUGGGGAUCGCCAGUCAGCAUGCAUUUGGCUCCACUAAUUGGAACUAAUACCUUUUAAAUUGCAUAUUGAUUUGGAGAACGCUCUGCGUUUUGUUUUUUUUACUCUUAAAAUACAUGAAAUGAGGAGGUUAAAAUAGAGUUGCCUGUUUGACACCACAAGUCAUGACGAUGACACCAAACGUAUCAUACUCUGACUUCAAAGCUUCUUUUUUUUUUGGUCUCUUGUUGCCAGGGCUGUUGUGCGGCAGAAGGCCUGAGGCGCACUGUAUUUGUAGCCUAAUUAAUACAAUAAAAAAAGCGGCAUCAAAAAUAAAGGUGUAAAAGAACCCAAAUCCUGCACCUCUGCAUCUUAACACAUCAAAGCCAUGCAACUCCCACGACUCAGUCUUUGUCAGAAGUCCACCUGCGUUCCCCAACCCCCUGAAAUGUCCUCUCUGACAGGCGAACCCGGUGUUGAAUGAUGCUAACAAAUGAUGGGGGGGUUGUCUUGUUACACUGCUACUGUUCUGCAAAGCAAAACUUACUUUUUUUUUUUUUUUGCUAUCAACCUCACCGACUCAAUCGAGUGCUUUUUUGGGGGGAAUAACUUUUAUUGUGUUUACAUAAAACGCCCAAGACGUUAUUGAAUGGGGAAGACGGAAACAGGACCGUGGAAUGAUUUCAAAAAUGAUUUUAAUAUUCUAAAGCCGCCCCCCCCCCACGAACAUCCUCAUGAACAAUGAGCUCCAACCGUCCCCGCAGUCACACUCCGUCGGCGCGUUCGCCUGAUGCGCAGCGCCUCCCCAACUCCUGCCUCACUUUGACAAAGUCCUGGACGUGAGCAGGUCUACUGGAUGGCUUGCUGCCCGUCAGGUUGAUGCCUUGAAUAUUUUAGAAGUUGAAUAGCUCUGCCACACGUGCCCCCUCCUCCCUCCCCCAACCCCCCCACCCCCCCUUCCCACUGACAGACAGUCAGUUUGGAAGAGCACAAUGGGACUGUGGUCAUUUUGGAAUUUUUCUCUUUUGGCUUUCGUGUUGCUCGACCCGAAGUUUGCGGCUCGCGCGGAAAUAAGUUGUCAUGCAGCAAACGACAGAUUUUACCGCGUGGAUGUUGUGCCGCUGGAAAGAAAAUCCGCGGAGGUCAAAGUGGACGAGUGCGCAAAAGUUUCAAAUGCGUAUGGAACCGAGCCAGUCGGCGCUCUGAAGCCGGACAACGUCGAGCAAGUCGGAACGGAAUUCCCGAGCGCACUCGGAAAGGAUGCGCCGAGCUGCAUUGAAACGCCGCCAAACUCUCCGAGUCGUCUCAGAACACCUGGCAAAAAGUAUGGCGACAUCUCCGAGGGCGACCGACGGCGAAAUGCGGCGAAUAUGUUGCCAAGAAAGAGGGCGAAGAGGAGCGCGGGUCCGGCAUUCGGCGAACAUGUGGAAAGGAGUAUCAGUGUUGGCGCGCAGCCAGGAGAGAGGUUUGUGGAGACGGUCCAAGGUGUUUCCACCUCCAGAGCCGAGCACCGUCGCGCCGGGGAGGAAGCCAGGGGGUCUAACCCGAGACAGAGUGAGCCUUACCUGGACACCUCUACUUUUGCUCUGUCGGGGGACUCGGCACACAACCAGGCGAUGGUGCACUGGUCUGGACACAACAGCAGCGUGAUCCUGAUCUUGACUAAGCUGUACGACUUCAACCUGGGAGCUGUGACUGAGAGCUCACUCUGGAGAUCCACGGAUUAUGGAAGCACCUACACCAAACUCAAUGACAAAGUGGGUUCAAGGACAGUUCUGAGCUACCUGUACGUCUGCCCCACCAACAAACAGAAGAUAAUGAUGCUCAGCGAUCCAGAGGUAGAGAGCGCUGUUCUCAUCAGUUCAGAUGAGGGGGCAAGCUUUGAGAAGCAUGCCAUUAACUUCAACAUCCUGAGCCUGCUCUUCCACCCGGCACAGGAGAACUGGAUACUGGCUUACAGCCAUGACACCAAGCUGUACAGUUCAAUGGACUUUGGGAGGAAAUGGCAGCUCGUUCACGACAACGUGAUGCCAGGCCGAUUCUACUGGGCGGUAAUGGGGCUGGACAAAGAAUCAGAUGUGGUCCACAUCGAGACGCGCAGCGCAAAAGGCCGCGCUCAGUAUGUGAAGUGCAGAGCCCAGCGAUGCACAGACGGCAACAGACAGUACCUCUUUCCUGGAGAUGUAGACACCAACUCGCUGGUUGUGCAGGAUGAAUAUGUUUUCACACAGGUAACCAAGUCAGGACGAGCCAGCUACUUUGUCUCCUACAUGAGAGAAUCCUUCAAGCGGAUGAAAUUACCUAAAUAUUGUCUACCAAAGGACAUGCAUAUCAUCAGUACAGAUGAGAAGCAGGUUUUCGCUGCAGUCCAGGAGUGGAAUCAGAACAACACCUACAGCCUGUAUAUCUCGGACUCCCCGGGGGUCUACUUUACACUUUCAUUAGAGAAUCUGAGAACCAGUAGAGGACCCGCCGGUAACCUGCUGGUCGACUUUUAUAAGGUUGAGGGGAUAAACGGCAUGUAUUUCGCCAACAAACUGGUGGAUGAUCUCAUCAAGACUUUUAUCACUUACAACAAGGGACAAACGUGGACCCUGCUGCCAGCUCCUGCUAGUGACGUGGCUGGAAAUAACCUCCACUGCAUUCUGCCAUUUUGUUCGCUGCAUCUUCAUCUGGAGUUGCUGGAGAAUCCCUACACGUCAGGACCCAUCACCAGCAAAAAGUCUGUACCUGGAAUUAUUGUGGCUACAGGGAAUAUCGGAACAGAGCUGUCCUCCACCAACCUUGGGAUGUUUAUAACGUCUGAUGCAGGGAAUAGCUGGAGACAGAUUUUCGAUGAGGAGCACAACAUUUGGUUCCUCGACAAUGGAGGGGCUCUGCUGGCCGUCUUACAUGCAGUGACGCCAAUUCGUCACUUGUGGAUCAGUCUCGACGAAGGAAAGAAGUGGGACCGUCACAGCUUCUCUCUGGCACCUCUCUAUGUGGAUGGGGUUUUAAUGGAGCCAGAAUCUGACAAUCACAUUAUCACUUUCUUUGGACACUUCAGCCAUCGGUCAGAGUGGCAACUGAUCAAGAUCGACUACAUGGGCCUCUUUAGCAGGAGAUGCAUGGAUGGAGAUUAUCAGACAUGGCACCUGCACAACAAGGGAAAGCUGUGUGUGAUGGGCGAGAAGCAGAUCUUCAUGAAGCGCAGGCCAGGCAACCGUUGCAUGCUGGCCCAGGACUAUUCCAGGAUCUAUUCCUCCGAGCCAUGCCUCUGCACAGCCUUUGAUUUUGAAUGUGAUUAUGGGUGGGAGCGCCAGGCGGACGGGAAGUGCUCCCCUGCUUUUUGGUUUAAUCCAAAUGGUGCAGCUAAAAGCUGCAGCACCAGCCAAAGCUUCCUUAACAGCACAGGGUAUCGGAAGGUUUUGUCCAAUAACUGUAAGGAGGGAGGGAAGAACGUGUACUCACCCAGGAGGCAGGCAUGUCGUCCCAGUCCACCCCGAGGCCUCCGUCUCUACAUCAAUCAAGGAGAGCUCAGUGCCAAUGUUGGAAGCAACGUUACUUUCAUGGUCUACCUCGAUGAUGGAGACUCGCAGGGGACCAGCAUCCAGCUCGACUUCGGUGACGGCAUCAGGAUAAUAUACUCUAACCUGAGCAGGACUGAUGAUGGCAUCAAGCACAUUUACAGAACGACCGGGAUCUACCGCGUGAUGGCUGCAGCUGAGAACAGCCACGGAUCUGACAGCAGCACACUGUUUUUACACAUCACCAGUCCAGUGGAGCGAGUAUAUCUCUCCGCUCCUAUUGUUGCCAUCAGGGGGAAGGAGGCUAAUCUGACUGCAGUGGUUUGGCCGAGUCACACCCAAACCCUGACCUUCUUCUGGUGGUUUGACAAUAGCUCCGAGCCCAUUAUAACAUUGGAGGGAAGCAUCUCGCACACGUUUCAGAAAGAGGGAAAAAACAAGGUCACUGUCCAGGUUGCUUCUGGGAGCACCGUAAUGCAGGAUUCCAAAGCUAUAACAGUUAAAGAGUUCUUCAGGUCGCUGCUGUUGUCGUUCUCGCCGGCGCUUGACGAGCACAAUCCUGACAUCUCUGAGUGGAGGGAGGACAUAGGCCGUGUGGUGCGGACAGCUCUGUCACAGGUGUCUGGGGUCCCUGAAGAUCAGCUGCUGGUGUCUCUGUACCCAGGCCUCCCCACCACAGCAGAGCUCUUUAUCCUGCCUGAUGAACAUACAUCCAGUGAGCACAACGGAAAGAGCGAGGAGCCUCUAGAGAUGAUAUCAGAUAUUUUUGUCACUGCCCUGAACCAAGGCCUGGUUCAGUUUGAGCUAAAAGCUGAUGUUCGCAUUAUUGUGUACAUGACUCAGCAAACUUUGGCGCCACUUGUGGAUUCAAACGCCAUCCACAGCGGGUCGGCCAUGCUGAUGCUGCUCUCUGUGGUAUUUGUUGGCUUAGCCGCAUUCUUCAUCUACAAGUUCAAAAGGAAAAUCCCGUGGAUCCAUGUUCAGACAGAAGACAGCCAUGAGAAAGAACCGGAAGUGAUCAGCACGGUGGGUGAGAACGACAACAUGUCCAAGGUGAAGCUCAGCGAGUUUCCCUCUCCGAAAGAACUCAUGACAAAGGAUCUGGAGGCCAGAAGCAGAGGAGGAACUGGAAGAAAUAUGGAGAGAAUUGUAACGAGGGAAUUUCCAAACUGUACUAAUGUCUAAGACAAGUGCUCUGUUACUGAGUAAGUACAGACUGUUGUGUUCCACUUGUGCUGAAAUAGUUUGCUAUGUUGGCAUUGUUAAUGAUUUAUUUAUUCAUUUCACAAUGAUAGUGGCUACCGUUCGAAGUCAUGUUUGUAGCUCACAUGGAUGGAUAAAGUAAAUAUCGGUUCACAGUACCAGACUCAGGGGCCUCUAGUUUGAUGGCGACGAAUUGCUGAAAUUGGCUCAUGACAACUACAGCACCCAGCACAAAAAUGUCCAAUUAGCAUCAGGAAUCCCUUGUUCUCUACCACCACCACCAUGGAUGUCACUAAUUUGGGUAUGUUGUGAAUGUUCAGCUGAUACUGACAUUUUUUUUUCCUACUCUCUGUGACAUCAGUAUGGUUCUUUAUUAGGAUAAUAUAUGGAUAUAGGAGGCACAGACUGAGUCACUAAAAAUUAUUCUGUAAUUGUGAGGUAAAUGUAAAUUGCUAGAAUUCCUUUCUAUUAUUAGAAAAGGUUAGUAGAGAACGAUUGUAUAGGUUUUACUGUGUAAGUUUGAUGAAUCCCCCUUAAAUUCAGGAUUGAACUUACAUUUCCUGCGUUACUUCAUGGAUAUUCAGCCACGUUGUCAUUAUCCAGGACCGAAAAUGAUGAAAUAAAGAGUUGUCACUGAAGGGAUAACACAUACCUCCAUAUGACAGAAAUAUAAUUAAUAGGUCAUUUUAGGUUCAGCCUACUGUGAUGCUUUAAACCUGGAUGAACAUGACCAUUUACUGCCCUUUAACUAGAGGUCUUUGAGUUAUAAAUAUAAUGAAUAUAUGUAAAAAAAAAAAAAAAAUAAAAAAAAAAAUAAUAAAAGUCUAGAUUUUACUAAUGCAUAGAAGAAUUUGUAGUUGGUUUUGCUUUAUAAGAUAACAUGGUGCUUUCAAUGACUGUCUCUCAGAUGAUGGUACACAACACAACCCGUGAACUAUGGACACAAAGGUUUUGCCCUUAGAAGCGAAAAACACUGACAACUUGUAUAUAGAACAAGGUUGGAUGUAAAUCUAGAUGGUAGCUUCAUCCUACUUCACUGUAAAGUCAACCCACUGAACACACUCAACCACUGUAUGUCCUCCUUUUUAUUUUUUCCAGCAGCAUGCCCUAAUUAUCUGUGAUAAAAGACUCAAGAUUAUCUUAGGGUGAGCGAGUACUGUAUAUAUAUUAUAUAUAUAUAUGUAUAUUUCAUGGUGAUUUUGAAGUUUACUUGACACAUUAAAACAACUUAAUAAACACCCCGUCUAAUAGUCCAGUUGUGCAAUUGCCAAAAGUUGUGCAUGAUCUAUGAUAUUGUUCCCUUUUUGUCGAUGAGAAAAAUGGUCUUGUUUUGAUUCAUAUUUCUUACUGUGAACAAAUUGCCAUUUUGAAAUUGUUCAAAAUAAAUGUAUUUUUAUACGUUA